CGCCCCGUCCCGUCCCGUUCCGUCCCUCCCCCGGGAAAGCGAAAGCGCAACGGCGGGCGGAAGCCGAGCCGUGCCGCGCCGGGGGCGCACGGGGGCCACCAUGGCAUCAAACAUCGGCAACUUCUUCCGACGGAGCCUGCGACGAUCGAGCCGCAAAGAAGGAAAACAGGAGGCCCCUGCUGCAGAAAGCAACUCCUCGCGAGCGCUGCAAGGGAAGGCAGGAGACCGGAGCUCUGUCCUCUACUCUGCCGGACAGUUUUUCUUCGAGUACCUGGUGGUGGUGUCAUUGAAGAAGACUUCAGAUGGACGUUACGAACCCAAGAUUACAUACCAGUUCCCAAAGCGUGAGAACCUCCUGAGGGGCCAGAAGGAGGAGGAGGAGCGCCUCCUGCAAGCCAUCCCCCUCUUCUGCUUCCCUGAUGGCAACAACUGGGCACCCGUCACCGACUUCACCAGUGAAACCUUUUCCUUCGUCCUGACGAAUGUGGAUGGCAGCAGGAAGAUCGGCUACUGCAGGCGGCUGCUGCCCUCCGGCCGUGGCGUCCGCCUCCCUGAGGUCUUCUGCAUCAUCAGCUGCCUGGGCUGCUUCGGGCUCUUCUCCAAGAUCCUGGACGAGGUGGAGAAGAGGCGCCAGAUCUCCAUGGCGGUGAUUUACCCCUUCAUGCAGGGCCUCCGGGAAUCGCCCUUCCCAGCUCCAGGGAAGACGGUCACCAUCAAAAGCUUCAUCCCCGAGUCGGGCACAGAGCUCAUCGAGCUCACACGGCCCCUGGAUGCCCACCUGGAGCACGUGGAGUUCCAGGCGCUGCUCCAGCGGCUCAGCCCCGACCUCAUCCUGCACAUCUUCGCCUCUGCCGUGUUGGAGCGCCGGCUCAUCUUCCUGGCCGAGGAGCUGAGCGUCCUCUCGCAGUGCAUCCACGCGGUGGCCGCUCUCCUCUACCCCUUCACGUGGGCUCACACCUACAUCCCCGUGGUCCCCGAGUGCCUGCUCGACACCGUCUGCUGCCCCACGCCCUUCAUGGUGGGCAUCCAGAUGCGGCACCUGGAGCGGGUCCUGGACCAGCCGAUGGAGGAGGCUCUGAUAGUUGACCUGUGCAAAGGGAAGAUCAUCCGGGCGGUCGGGGAUGAGGAGGAGAUCUUGCCCAUCAAGCUGCAGAACGAGAUGCUGACGUCUCUGAACAGGCACAACAACAACAACAACCAUCCCGAGCAGGUGAACACGCUCGUCUCCGAGGCCUUUGUGCAGUUCUUCGUCCGAAUCGUUGGACACUACGCCUCGCACAUCAAAUGGAGUAAAAACGGCCCGGGGACCUUCCAGGAGCGAGCCUUCUGCAAAGCCAUCGCCUCCAAGACCAACCGCAAGUUCGUGAAGAAGUUUGUGAAGACCAACAUGUUCUCCCUAUUUAUUGAGGAUGCAGAGAAGAGCAGGAUCCCGCAGGAAGUGUAUUUCCAGCAGAAGAUAACAGAAUACCACGAACAGAAGAAGCACCGGAGGGACUCCUGAAGGGUAGCCAGGAGCACCGGAGCUGGAACUGAGCAGGUCUCUGCCAGCAGCGCUGUGCUGGCUUGAGCCGUGCCCCGAAAAAGGGCAGAGCACGCUGGACUCUGCUGGAUCUGCCCACCCGUUCCUGCCUGUGACUCAUGAGAAGCACCAAACACCAGUUUCAACCCUUUCUUUUCUCCCUCAGGGCACCAUUGCACUGGCAGACUUUUGCACAGAGCUAGCACGCGGGCUGUGGUUUCUUUUCCAGCCUUGCUAGCGACAGGGACAAACCACACCUCAGUGCCCAGCUCUGCACCGAGCCUUUGGCCACACCAGGACCUCACGUGGAGAUGGAGGGAAGUCAGGGAGCAGGUGCCUGCUGGCUGCAGGACAACAAGGGCUGUAGAGUAAUUGUUAAAGAAAAAAGAAAAAAAAAGGAUGAGUAGGAAAUGCUGUUAUUUCUAAUUAAAACAAACCUAGGUUUUGCAAAUAAGCAACAUCCUAUGAAAUGUGUUUCCGAGGAUUCUGGUAUUAGCGGUUGUUUCACUUUGUUUUCUGUCGAGAUAUGCUCAUUGUUCAAUGCCAGCAGGAGCAGUCUCAGUGGGUUUUAGCAGUUUCCUCUGUAGUAGCUCUCUUCUUUGUUGGUACUACUUGGAGCAACAGUCCCAGUUUAGCUCUUUGAAGAAACGAAAAUACCCUUUCCCAACAGGUUAUUUAUUCGCACUGUAAGCAAACUGUGAAGGCCACCGGGCUAUGUUUUGUCGUGGAGGGAAACAGCAGAUCAACAGCUUCGGGCAGGGAGGAAAUAAUAGUUAAAUCAAGUAGUAAAACAUCAACAUUCUACUUGUUCCUGGUUUUGAUGCCAACUUUUUUUAAAACCUCACUGUUGUUUUUUUUUUUUCAGUGUUGUUUCUGAAAUGUGAUGCCUGUAGCAGAUAAAGCUAAAUUGCAGUGCUCCCUCCCUCCUUUUCUAACACAUUUACCCAGGGAACAAGCACUGCAGCACAGACAGCAGGGGCUGGCUGCAGAUGCACCUGGUUCCUUCCCAGUUCCUUCCCUUGGGGGAGAAGUGGAUGAACAGGGAAGGAAACUUGCUUCUCCCCAGCAAGAGCUGUGGUAAAAAGCAGAGCUUCAUCCUCCUCUGUGGGACUGUAGAGCCAAGCUGCCGUAUCGCUCAGGAGCUGCUGGUCAUAUGUACCACACAGAGAUGAUUAUCAAAACUAUCUUUUAAUACAGCUUUUGCAGUGGCAUUGAGUUGCCACUGAAUGCCACAGUGAGAGAUUUUAUAUAAACGUGACAAAAUAAGCAGGCUGUCUGCCAGACAGCUUUCACUUUCGGAGCCGUUGAACUAACAAAAACAAGAGACGCAAAGGGCAAUUAUUUUAGAACUAUUUGUGUAGUCAUGCACAAAUACAAGCAACAGAAGAACGCUUGGACAGAGGAUAAAAAAUGAACAGCAACGAAACACUCCAUCCACGCUGAAAGAAAAUCAGUGAUGUUUUGAUCAACUCCCAUGUGUGUUUGAGGGAGAAAACCAAGAACAAUUUGUCAGAAAAAAAAAAAAAAAAAAAAAAAAAAAAAAAAAAGACGAAAAAAGAGAAAAGAAAAAAACAAGUGGUUUUGGCACUGUAAGUACCUUCUUUGACUCCACAAGUUCGCUCUCAUGGGUAGAGAGAAGGUUACAAGCAGUCAACAGGAAGUUAAAGGUUAGCGAUCUUUCUCUGUGCUCUUUUCAAUUGAAUCUGCGAGCAGAAAAGGGAAACGGGUGGGGAAAUUAAAGGCACUGAUCAAGAAUUGUCCCUUUGGUAAAGACCACUCGCCUCCCUCUUUUCCUUCUUGCUCACCGCCACUUUGAGAAGAUGCUGACCUCUUUUGGUUGUGAGGUGUAACACAACAUCUCACUGAGAAAAAUGGGAAGUGGUCCUUGCUUUGGUAAUAGGUCUUCGAAAGAGUCAGAAGUCACACAAGGGACUGGA